AUGGCAAAAAGGUAUUUUACUGUUGAAGAGGCUGCUGCCCUAUGCAUGGCCUCCAGCUCAGAGGAGUUUAGUGACUCUGAUUCUGAGUAUGUGCCCCCUGAAUCAGAAAGUGACUCUUCUACUGAUGAGUCACCAGGUAGUAGUAGCACGGUUACUGCCCUUGAGGAGCCCAUGGAGUUGGAGCAGGAUGUAGAAGAGGAGGUUGAGGUUGAGGAUCAGGAAGAAGGUGGUAGGGCUGAUGCUGCAACUGGAGGAGAGCCUGCGUGGGGGCCUCCUGGUAAUUUUACCCCCGAAAUUCCCCCAUUUACUGCAGUCUCUGGCGUUAAGGUGGACACCAGUAAUUUUGAGCCAAUACAUUUUUUCCAUUUAUUUUUGACUGAGGCCAUCAUACAGGAUAUGGUCCAGUACACAAAUGUGUAUGCCGAGCAAUAUCUUGCCCAAAAUCCCCUCCCCAGAUAUGCUCGAGCUCAGGCGUGGCAUCCCACUGAUAUUGCUGAAAUGAAGAGAAACCGGUAUCAGCUACUGCUCCGGUUUCUGCAUUUCAAUGAUAAUUCUAGGGCUGUACCCCCUAAUGAUCCUUCCCAUGACAGGCUGCAUAAAUUGAGGCCCCUAAUAGACAGCCUGUCUGAGCGCUUCGCAACAGUUUACACCCCCUCCCAAAACAUUUGUAUUGACGAGUCCCUUCUCCUCUUCAAAGGGCGCCUACACUUCCGUCAGUACAUCCCAAGCAAGCGUGCCCGCUAUGGGAUUAAAUUUUAUAAACUUUGCGAAAGCAGCUCGGGGUACACCAACCGCUUUUUGAUUUACGAAGGAAAGGACUCACAAUUAGACCCCCCUGGUUGUCCCCUUGACCUGACUGUCAGUGGCAAAAUUGUGUGGGAGCUCAUCACUCCACUAUUAGGCCGAGGUUACCACUUAUACGUGGAUAACUUUUAUACCAGCAUCCUCCUAUUCAAGACCCUACAUUGUUUAGAUACCCCAGCCUGUGGCACCAUAAAUCGUAACCGUAAAGGAUUGCCCAGGGAACUCCUCGACAAAAAACUGAACCGUGGAGAAAUGUAUUCCCUAAGAAAUGAUGAGCUCCUUGCCAUCAAAUUUUUGGAUAGAAAAAAUGUUUUCAUGCUGACGACCAUCCAUGACACGUCAGUAAUUGAAGAACAGAGAGCUGGUAGGCCCCCAAAAUCUAAGCCUCUCUGUAGCAAGGAGUACAGUAAGUACAUGGGUGGUGUUGACAGAACAGAUCAACUCCAACAUUAUUACGAUGCCACCCGAAAAACAAAGGCCUGGUACAAGAAAGUUGGCAUAUACCUUAUUCAAAUGGCCCUUCGAAAUUCAUAUGUUGUCUAUAAGGCAGCAGUACCAGGCCCCAAAUUGUCUUAUUAUAAGUACCAGUUGCAGAUAAUCCCUGCCCUCUUGUUUGGUGGUCUAGAGGAGGCAGUGCCUGAGAUGCGUGCCAGUGACAACGUGGCCCGAUUGGUGGGGAAGCAUUUUAUAGACACGCUUCCACCAACUCCUGGAAAACCAAGAGCCCAAAAAGCCUGCAAGGUGUGCCGCAAAAGGGGUAUCAGACGAGAUACACGGUACUGUUGCCCAAAGUGCCCUCGCAACCCCGGGUUAUGUUUCAAACCAUGUUUUGAAAUAUACCACACUCAGCUGCACUACUGA